CACGCAUACACAUUAUAUUUAUCGGUAUCCACUCGGACACUUGCACUUCCACCUAAAGUAAGCUAAGCAAAUGAUGCAGCGAACCCAAUACUAUUGAGGAAGAACGAAAAAGAAAGACCUAAUAGAGGAAGCACAAGAAAAUGGCUGCGACGUCGGGGCACCAUUUGGUGACGCCGGAAGCGUUGACUGGCUGCAGUACGAUUAUCAAGGAGCUCUUCACAACUGGAUCCAGCGCAGCGUAUUCGUACUCGUUGUCUUCCGAGAUCAGUACCUACUACUAUGAAAAGGACGAAAAAACACUUCCGUACACGCUGAAGGAGUUCAAGUGCACUCUUGUGUUAAGGCUGAAUGAUAUACGAAUAACUCAUACCCUCUGGUGGCUGUGCAAGGCUAUGCUUAUGUGAUGAAGCAAGAGAAGGUCACGCCGCACGCUGGAAUACACUCAGUUAGGAGGGACACUGUGUAGGGAUGAGCUUCUAUAGAAAUUCAAAUUUGUUGAUUUUUUCCCUGCACGGCCACGUCUAACUUCCCAUGGUAGCAAGAUCGCUCUCAUCGUCUGGGACAUGCGGAAGACCCUCAAUGCAAUAACCAGGACCACUCUCUGGGAACUCUGUUUCCUCCUCGAGCACUUUCGCCGGGUAGAGUCAGUCGUUGCGUUGGUGUGGGUUUCGUCCUCCACACCGAAAGGGUUUUGUUCGGGAGCAAACCCGGCAGGCUUGCAAUCAACGGAGGUUGCCGAUGAAGUCGCUGCAGGAUACAAGCACGCACGAAGUUAAGACUUUGAUACUUUGAUGAUACGCACAAGGAGUGAUCCAAUUCCAACACACACUACUAUUUAAUUCAUCUUGAUCUUUUCUUUGCAACAACGUGAAUAUCAUGUCGAUGUCGACGCUUCUUCUUUGUAGUUCGCCAUUCCACAUCGACUUUUCACAACAGAUGAUUCUACUUUUCGAGUGCCAAGAUGGGCGAUGAAAGCAGUUGUAAUUAUUUGCUGCAAUCAUUAGCGUAGCAAGCACUUCCACAUACGCUAACGUACAGGCCUGGCGGAAGAUUUUCCAAAUGGUCGCGAUGGAUCAUCGAUCGACUUUACCCUGAAGGGUCCUGUCGCGAUCUGGCAUGAGUAUCCCAAGCUGUCGAUCUGUGCAUGUCCAGGUUUAGCGAUCGGCGGUGGUACAAAUGCUUUACGUUGAUGUUUCAAUAACGCAAGUAGAUGAGAUACAACCAUUUUGGUUGCUUGAGCAGAAUCGUGGUAGGGGUUGUCAUUGCACCACAGUACCGCUGAUAAGAAGCAGUUGUGCUUACUUACCUAUGGUUCAACAUUAUACUCGAUGCGAUCAAAUAUAGCAUUUUUUGGCUUUGGUGUUGUUCUUCUAACACUUGCUUUGAUGGUGCAUGAUUUUGUGUUUGUUGCACCUGACACAAAAUUUCGCUUUCCUUUUGCCGAACUGGGUGUUACGGCGGAGGUGGCUUCGAGUUACUGGCUCCCGCGAUGGGUAGGCAUGGCGAGAGCGAAGGAGUGGAUUAUGACCGGAAAGUGGUUCACCGGUCCGGAGUGUGUCGCGGCUGGGAUUGCAACGGAGGUCGUGACCGGGCCAGUCUACGCCCUGGAGGGACACGCACUUGCCUACACCCAAGCGCUACUAGACACAUCCGCGAAAUUUUCAACGGUCUCGCUAUUAAAAAAUAAGCGCCUCUUGCAUGCUAGCUACGACGCCACGCUGGAGCCGCACCUUACUAAGGAACAGUUGUUCUUCACGGAAUGCCUAUCCGAUCGGGACAGCAUGGAGCGUUUCUCAAAUCUGAUGAAACUCGCGAAAAAAAGGAAGGCAGAACAGCAGCAGAAAAGUAAGCUAUAAGCACAGUAAUGACUCACUGCGGUGUUGAACCUGCUUAAGGAAAUCGAAAAUUCACUGGGGAGGAGAACAAGUGCAGCUUGUAGCAGAUUUAUAGAUACUAGUAAUUUUUGAUGUGAACAAAUAAAUGACCACUGAAUAUGAAAGAAGAACGUAUUCGUCUUAGAAAGACUAGAAGCAAAUUAUAGAUCGGCGAUUGACUUCGUUUUCGUUUCUCUUUUUAGACGUGAUGAUGUUGUCUAUCCUAUGUGGCCGUUGUCAUCCUGUCGCGGCAAAUCCUUUUCAUUGAUUUGUGCUUAUGUCUCUUUUUCUGUGAUCUUGACACAAGAUUGAAACAGAUUCAGAAUCUUAUUUUAGGAAUUUUUGAUGGGUGUAGCCUGAUUCUUUCACGCUUGCUCAAUCUUCUUGUCGCCACACGAGGACCUCUUAAACGCUAAUGGCUCCUUUGAGCUAAUUUGAUUCUUCUUCACAUUGGCAAAACAGAUUUCAGCAAGUGUCACUACUGUCUUCUAACGACGCUUGGAGCAAAGACUGACAUUGUUCAGACUCCGUUUCAUGGUCGGGUUGAUAGGUUUUUGAUUUUUUUUCGUCUUUCGACAUCCUUGUGUAUAAGCGCGGCCACCUGUCGUGGGUCGGCAUGGCGACUAAUUUUCCGCGAGCUUCAAGCCGCAAAUAAAUUCUGAUUCAUGGUAAACGUGAAAAAGUAACUGUGUGAUGAAAAGUCACUGCUUUCCUAAAUCGGGGGAUGGUGCUGAAUACAGCUGCACUACGGACGCGUGGCGUGACUUUCAGAAGGUACGAAGUUGGAGAUUUUUUUGUCUUCGGUAGUCAUCGUGAGUUUUUGUUCGAUUUCCCUUUGUCACGUAUCGCUCAGUAGAGCAUGCCUGAUGACAAAGAAUUUCGGUAAGAUGCGCUUACUCGCCUCAGGUGCUCCUGAGAUGAGUGUGAUGAUAAGCCCCACCAACACCAUUGUGAUCAAGAAGCUGAUGCGUAAUAUUCAUUGAAUGUUGACGAUGGAGCGGUAAACGCG